CAGCAGGCUCAUGCUCAAUGACAAGGCAGCUCAUUUGCAAGCUACGGUAGUCCAUUGAGCCAAGAUCAUUCAAGUAGCGCCCAUUGGCAUGGGGCCACAGCAAUUGCAUCAGCGAGGCACAGCUCAGCGCAGGUGUCGUGAAGGCUGACCUGUGAUCUCCGUGGCGACGGACCCCCAUUCCUAGACGCUUCUUCUUGUUUAUUGUUCAUAGCGCCCAUAAGUAUUUGGAAAAACUUUGAAUAUACAUAGUAUUGCGGUUGCAGGGAGGCAAGCAGCCAUGCAUUUCGCCAAGCUCGAUGACUCCCCCAUGUUCAGGAAGCAGUUGCAAGGCCUGGAAGAGAGCACAGAAAUCUUGCGGGAGAGAACGAAUCGCUUCUACAAGGGUUGUCGCAAGUACACGGAAGGGCUCGGUGAGGCGUACGAUGGGGACAUUGCAUUCGCCCAAGCACUGGAGGUGUUUGGGGGCGGGCAUGAUGAUCCGAUCUCCGUGGCAGUUGGAGGCCCCGUGAUGACCAAGUUCACGAUCGCGCUGCGCGAGAUUGGGACGUACCGGGAGGUACUGCGCUCGCAGGUGGAGCACAUGCUGAACGAUCGGCUGCACCAGUUUGUCGCCGUCGAUCUGCAGGACGUCAAGGACGCUCGCAAGAACUUCGACAAGGCGAGCUACCAGUACGACAGCGUGCGCGAGAAAUUUCUGUCGCUCAAGAAGAACACAAAGCCGGAGGUGGUGGCCGAAGCGGAGCAGGACGUCAAGAACGCGCGCCUGCAUUUCGAGCAGUGCCGCUUCAACCUGGUCACGGCGCUGUCUAAUGCCGAGUCGAAGAAGAAGUUCGAGUUCCUCGAGGCAGUCAGCGGAACCAUGGAUGCCCACCUUCGGUACUUUAAGCAGGCGUACGAGCUUCUACACGCAAUGGAGCCGUAUAUCCACCAGGUGCUGACGUAUGCGCAGCAGUCGCGCGAGCGCACCAACUUUGAGCAGGCGGCGCUGAGCGACAAGAUGGCGGAGUACCGGCGGCAACUAGAGCGGAGCAACAUGCAGAGCCUGAGCGAGGUGCACGGGGCGGCAACGGGAGGGGACGGCAUGCAGAUGGUCGGCAAGAGCAAUAACCUCAUCGAAAAGAUGAUGAACUCGACACCCAAAGGGAAGGUGAUGAUGCUCAAGCAGGGGUACCUGCUGAAACGAUCAAACAACCUGCGUGGUGACUGGAAGCGGCGCUUCUUCGUGCUGGAUAGCCGGGGCAUGCUCUACUACUACCGGAAAGAGUGGGGCAAAGCCACGGAUGAAAAGACCAUCGCCCACCACACCGUGAACCUGCUGACGUCCACGAUCAAGAACGACGCGGAGCAGACGGACCUCCGCUUCUGCUUCCGCAUAGUAUCGCCCCAGAAAACAUACACCCUCCAAGCAGAGAACGCGACGGACCGGGUCGACUGGAUGGACAAAAUCCAGGGCGUCAUUGCGACUCUGCUCAACAGCCAACUGUCAGGAGAUCAACGCUCGCCGACCGGCUCCCCUUACGGCCCUUACCGAACCCACAGCCGCGCGUUUUCAGACGCCAUGGACGAGCAAGCGGGGACCUCAGGAUCGGACGGCUCGCGGGCCCCCCUCCGGCGGCGUUUCAGCGGCCCCGCGCUCAACAAGCCCCUCGAAACCCUGCGCAAGAUCCCGGGGAACGGCUUCUGCGCCGACUGCGGCGCACCGGAUCCCGACUGGGCGAGCCUCAACCUGGGCAUUUUGCUGUGCAUAGAGUGCUCGGGGGUGCACCGAAACUUGGGUGUACACCUGUCCAAAGUGCGGUCCACUACACUGGACGUAAAGGUGUGGGAGGCGGGGGUGAUUGGGCUGUUCCAGGCGACGGGGAACCAGUUUGCGAACGAGUUGUGGGAGCACAAGUUGCGGGAACUAGAGGAGGGAAUCCAGGAGGGCCAGAAGAGCAUCAAGCCGGGGCCCAAGGAGCCGCUGGUCGUCAAAGAAAAGUUCAUCCAAAUGAAGUACUCGGACAAGCAGUUUGUGGCCGGUCCACCUCCAGAGACAGCCCAUCCCACGUGGCUCAAACGGGAGAUGUGGGAGGCGGUCGAGCGGGGCGACCAGCGGCGAAUCUACCAGCUCGUUGUGACGGCUGGUGCUGACGUCAACACCAGGUUCGAGGACGCGUAUCCUGAUGGCCGGCCCGCGUCAUCGGCUAUGGACGGCCCAAGCGCUUUUGCCCGAAGCAGUCAAGACGACGUUGGCUCGCUUGCGGGGCGGGUGGCGCAGGAGCUCGUUCUCGACCGGGGGGGUGCGCCGCUGAGUCCGGAGACCCCCCCACCGCAAAGCAACGUGUCGUCGCAAGCAUCUACUCCGACUACGACAGCGCCUCCAUCGCCCGACUUGCUCACCAAACGGUCGCUGGCCGAGGGGCCCGGGUGUGCGCUUUUACACCUGGCGGGGAGUUUAGGGGAGCUGGCGACUGUCGAGUUGCUGCUACAGUACGGGGCCGAUGUGAACAGGCGGGACGGGCUGGGGCGCACGCCCCUGCAUUACUGCAUCAUGGGCAGGAACAACGCCGCGGCAAAGCUCCUGCUGUCCAGGGGAGCGAGCCCCACUGCUACGGACACAGAAAACAAAACGCCGCUAGAGCGCGCAAUGGAGCUUGGUGCCAUUAAGGACGAAGAGCUAUUCAUUAUGUUGUCGGAAUAAGGUGAAGCAGGGCUGCCGCAUUAGGAAGACGUCAUUUAUAUUUACAUCUUACAUAAGAUGUCGCACAUAUGAGACAGCCGCUUGCGAAAGAGGCCCUCAAUGGUUUACGGAGGUUUGAUGUCAUUCUCUCGUCUAUGUGCACUUAUUAUCACCUCCCAAAGCGUGGUUACUUGUCGGGACACCAUGCCAAAUCUAGAGAAACCGUAAUUCUGAGCUACAAACGGUGAGUAACAUCUUUGAUUUCGCAGAC